CACUAUUUAAGGCUGGACAUAACACAGAAACCCCAGAGCUGAACUGUGAAGAGUGCCAAUCCGCAAGUAAAAACAACUAUGUUUCUUCCACUGCUCCUGCUCCUGUUCCCAGCUUUUCUUCAAGGACAGUCUAACGAUGGGACCUGUAGUCCAAACAUCUACACUGUGCUCAGUGAGUUGGAGGCCAAAGUGAACAAACUGGAGAAUCAGCUACAAGCUCAGCUUCAAGGAGAGUCUGAUGUUGAAAUAAUUCAACACAAAGACCAGGCUGGAUCUCAGAGGAUUGAGCCUCGUCAUCAACAGACCUGUGAACCCGACAUCCACGCUGUGCUCAGAGAAAUGAGCGCCUCGCUGGCUGCACAGACAGUUGAGAUACAACACUUAAAGAAACAGAAUGAAGCAUUGGCAGCCAAACUGGGAGAUUUGGAAGCACAAAAGGCUGAAGUGGAAAGACUGAAGCUGCAGGUACAAGGAAAACAAGUGGCUUUUGGAGCAUCUAUCGGAAAUAUUGGACAAAUUGGACCUUUCAACACUGAGAUCACCCUGACCUACAAGAACGUCCGCGUAAACACUGGCGAAUACAACCCUGCAACAGGUAUCUUCACAGCUCCAGUCAGAGGAGUUUAUUAUUUCAGCUUCUCUGGUCAUAAUAUAUCAUCUAGACCAAUGGGGCUUCGGCUGAUGAAGAACGGACAGCAGAUGGUCACCGUGUACAACCAUGCAGCUGGAAACCGCUAUGAGACUGCAACCAACGGCAUGGCUUUAGAGCUGAACCCUGGAGACCAGGUUUACAUGAGGCUACGGGAAAACACCUGGGUUUUUGACAACUCUAAUGACCACAGCACCUUCGUUGGUUAUUUAUUGUUCCCUCUGUAACAGAAAUGAAGUUCAAAUGAACUACUGUUAUAUUUCAUACACUAUUAUUUUUACUAUUGUUGACUGUGUACUGUAAAAACCAAUCCCUAUAAUCAAUAUUACCUGUAAUUUUUUUUAGCUUUAGUUUUAUUGUUGGUUCAGAAAUCAAAACAGUUUUCAUUUGUCAUCAUAUAAAUACCAAGAAGGAAAUUUAGGCCAACAUCCAUUUGAAAUCAAUAAUCAUUAUUGCAUUAUUGAAAAUAAGGAAUACAUGUGCAUUU